AUGGCAGGCUUCCCUGAAGAUUAUGAGAUCCGUGUCUCAGAACUCAUCAAACUCUGGGUAGCUGAGGGCUUUUUGGAAGGUCGAGAUGAAUCUAAAACGUUGGAAGAGGUGGCGGAAGAUGUUUUGGAGGUGCUGGUCGAGCAAAGUCUAGUUUUGGUUACUAGCAAGAAGAGUGAUGGCAAAAUCAAAAGGUGCAAGCUUCAUAGCGUGGUUCGGGAUUUUUGUUCAAGACAGGCUGGGGAAGAGAAGUUCCUUCUACCUAUUAUGGAUUACUUUCCUAAUCCUAUCGUGAGAAGGCAUUUUCUUCCACAAGUGCUACAAAAUCAUCAACGCGUAAGUGUUGGUUGGUAUGAUCUUGAUCUUAAAGACUCUACGCAUAGCUCAUGCACCCGUUCUAUUAUAUGCAUUUCACAGAGGGGGUAUAGGCCCAAAGGCUCUAUAGAGAAUUUUAAGUCACUUAAGGUCCUUCACGUUUUACGUAGAAAGGAUCAUGCAUUUUGGGAGUUAGGUCAAGUGUUUGAUUUGAUUCAUCUCACUUACCUUGCUUCCAAAAUUCCUAGCAAUAUUAUUCCUUCAGCUAUAUCAAAGCUUCAUAAUCUUCAGACUUUAAUUAUUUAUAGAUCGGAGGUUAGCUUGCCUGACGAAAUUUGGAAUCUGGAGCAAUUAAGGCAUCUUAUCGCCUUUUCAUUUCUUCCUUUACCCGAUCCAAAAGAUCCAGCAAAGUCUUCUCUAAAAAACUUCCAAACACUUUCUCUGGCAACAAACUUUGUAUUUAGUUCUAAUAUGGUGCGUAAGUUUCGAAACAUUAGAAAGUUGGAAAUAUGCUACUCGUUAGAGGAGAAGUUUCGUCCAAACUACUUUGAUUUUGGUAGUCUUGGUUUGCUAAGUCGAUUGGAGAAAUUGAAAUUGGAGACGCAUUGUUCAUUUCAACUGUGUCCCAAAUUUUAUUUUCCUAGAUCGCUGAAAAAGUUGGAAUUGAGUGGAUGGCGGCUUCCUUGGACAUAUAUGAUGGUUUUUGGCCGGUUGCCUUCUCUUCAAGUGUUGAAACUAAAGAACUAUGCUUGCAGUGGGGAACUCUGGAAAACUAUUGAGGGAGGAUUUGUGGAUCUGAGACUUUUGCAUAUUGAUGAAUCAAAUCUGCAGAACUGGACAACUGAAAGUAGCCACUUUCCGAGGCCUCAGCGCCUAAUGCUUCAUCGUUGUCUGUAUUUGUCUAAGAUUCCAGUUGAUAUUGGAAAGAUUCCAACACUUGAACUGAUUGAGAUCGAUGAUCAUAACCGAUCUCUUCUGUACUCGGCGACAGAGAUAAAAGAGAAACGGGAUGCCCUUGAAGUUCGUUUGAAGCGUUUUUGA